UAGGCAACCAGUGCUUCCUGUUUAAGCGCCAGGUGGCUGCUGGCACGCGUAACAGGAUCAAAGCUCUCCAACAUUUUUGUCUUUUUUAUUUCAGGUAAUUAAACACCUUUGUCAGUGUACUUUUUUAAUUUUUUUAAAUUUUUUUAAUUUUACGUUUUAGGACAGCAAAACAAUUGUUUAGCGUCUUCAUGGCCAACGCGCACCGCAAUAACGUGCUGGUGACGUCGUGUCUGAAACGGCCGGUGGACCCGCACACCAGGGUGCCGCUGGCCUCCUACGAGCGGGACAAAGAAACGCCCUACUCGGCCACGACGUACGCCGACAACCGGGACGACUACCAGGAUAAGGAGGACCAGGCGGCGUACGAGGAGGCGUGCAACAAAAGGGGCGUGGCCACACCAACAGCGAAGGACUGGAGAGCGGCAGGCGGCGAUCGCGUGAACCUGCGCAACAUCUUCUUCUCCAACGAGGAAUACUACAGCAAGCUGGAGGAGCUGAAGAAGGCGCACCUGCGCACGAUGGCGGAGCUGGAGAGCAUGUACCACCACAAACUGCAGCUUCGCGCCAACAACACGGCAUGCCACCAACAUGGCAGCGGCGGUGAGUCACUACAUCUAAGGAAGUCGCACUCGGCUGCGGAGCUCCGGAGAAGUCCCGGCAUGCCUGCGUCGUCGGAUGAAGACGACGCAGGCGACGCCUCCGGUUCUGAUGUGGAGAAAGGCCUGCUGUUCUCCCCCAAAGAAUUCAUCAAGAACAUGUGGACCGACUUCAAGCUUUCGCCCCGAACACGCCAGCUGUCCACAUCGUUGCCGGGUGACCGCAGCGGCUUCCGGCCUCGGCGAAGCAGCGGUCACCAGGGGGCGAGCGUUCCCAGGGCGACGGUCCCCAAGCCCUUCCAGAUGACACUGCGUGAGGCUGAGCGCCGGCGGCGCGGCAUCAAGACGCGCUCGGAGGUGGAGCUGGAGAACGCCGAGUUGAGACGACAGCUGGAGGAGAUGUCCGAGUGCCACAACAAGUUCCGCGCGAGCCCCGUGCCGGCGCACGUCCACCUGCCGCUUUACAAUGACCUACGGGAGCGACGCCAGGAACAACGGCGGAAUAUGCGGGAAGAACGCCACCUCAAGACCAAGCCCUUCAGCUUCCUGGAGAGGGAGCGUCUGAAGAAGGAGCAGCGCCAGCAGCAGCCUCAGCAGCCUGGCCAGCAAGAGCGGGUGAAGCCCUUCAAGGCCAAGCCGGUGCCCAGGUCGGUGUACGCGGCAGCGGUGGGGGAGCUGAGGAAGGAAGAGCAGCUCUACCGAUCCAUCAAGAAGCAGAUGAGAGCCCAGGAGAUGCUCUACAGCGCCGCUGCACCUCCGAGCACGCUCACCAAAAGACUGGUGGAGAGCAAGAAGAGCAAAGACCAGCCCCAGACCUUCACUCACCGGCCGCACAUCAACAAGGAUGUGCCCGACUUUGACGCCAGCUUCAAACGCUUCCAGAAGCUCGUGGAGAGGACCAAAGAGGUGAAGCCCACUACGGCAUGCGAGCCCUUCCGGCUGAGGACGGCCCAGAUCCCGUCCCGCCGCGAGCGCAUCCUGGCCGAGGUGGAGAAGGAGCGGAGCAGCCCGGGGACGCUUCGCUGGCCGUACUUCAAGAGCUCGCGCACAGCAAACUCCAGCCUCUGCUCGUCCCUGUCGGGGAGCAUGGAGCUCCUGCCCGCCAAGGAAACGGACGCCUCCAAGAAACGACACGAGGCCGUGAGGCAGGCUCUGGAGCGCAGGAGGAGGGCUGAGCAGGAGGAGGAACGCUGGACUGAGAGGCAGAAGGAGCGUGAGAAAAAGCUGCAGAAGCUGGUGCAAAAGCGGGCUAGCGCCAAUGAUCCGCACCUGGCGCUCACCCACACACACGGCCACAAACUCCAAGAAUUCAGGAAACAAGACCGCCAGCGCAGGAAGGAAUAUCAGCGGGAAAUCAAGGAGAUUGAGGAGCGUGUGAAAGGAAGGCCUCUGCUGCUGGAGCAGGCUGCCCAGAAUGCUAAGCAGGCGGCACAGAAGCGUUUUGCCGAUAAGCUGCACGGAGUGCACCUGAACGAGGACUUCCUCAGCAGGAAGGCGGCGGCAGCACGGACACACACCGGCGGCGCAUGCGAGCCUUCGGAUUCCGAGGACGCCGCCGCCCUGGAGCCUGUCCACUACUGCAAGGUCUUCCUGGAUGACCAAGACCAGGAGGUGGGGAGAGAGGAUGAGGACCAGAGUGACAAAGAUUCACGUGAUUGCAGCGAGGACGGCAAGCGGCAUCAUUCCGACGGAAGCUGUCACUACUCGGACGAUCGUGACCACUAUGACGAUGAUGAGGAGAGGGAUGCCGAAGACGGGAAGCGGGAUGAGGACGAGUAACAUCCUUAGCAGCAGUCGGGAAGAGGACGUACGAUAGUGUACAGUUGACCCUCACUGUUCUUGGGGGUUAGGGAACAAGACCAGUGGCAAAUAGUCGAGACCCCCUACAAAUAUUUAGAACUGUCUUGUUGUUUAAACCCUAAAUAUGCCCCAUGAUCCCAAAACACAGGCAAAUUAUUUUGCGACUGGGGGUUUGGGUUGCUUUGCUUUUUUUUUUUUUUUUUUUUUUUAAAUCCACCCUUCCGCCCGUCCGCCCGUCCGUUUUCUUCCACUUAACCGGAGUUGGGUCACGGCGGCAGAAGCUUUAAGCAGGGAAGCCCAGACUUGCAUUUCUAUUUAAUUAUGUCAUUACUGUAUGUUUUUAUGAAGUAUAGUUUUAUAUAGUGUAAUGUGUUAAUAUUGACAAAGAAACUGCACAUUUUUAGGUGGGAGGCUCUCACAGAUAAUGGCAUUUCCAGUCUUUUCAUUUGGGAAUGAUGUUUAAAACUUUUCUCAAGGCACCACUGUAUUAGCGUUAAAGCUUAAAAUUGAUAAGCUAACAUAGAUUAAAAUGUAAAGCAAUGCCCCAUUAAUAUUACUACAAAUGACAAUACCAAAUGAGUCCAACCCCCCAGCUGAUAAGUACCAAUGAGGGAGGGGCGAAUUUAAAGAUGUAACACCAAAUAACAACAUGCAGGACCCGUUACCCCACCCGAAGGCGGAGGGAGGCUACCCUCUCGUCCACGUCCACCGGGGUGAACCCCAAUGUACAGGCGCCACACCACCUCGGCGCCUCUCACCGUGGGCAACUCCAGAGUGGAAGGGAGUCUAACCCCUCUCGAGAGGACUGGUACCAGAGCCCAAGCUGUGUGUGGAGGCGAACCCGACUAUAUCUAGUCGUAACUUCUCGACUUCGCACACCAGCUCGGACCUCCUUCCCUGCCAGAGAGGUGACGUUCCAUGUCCCGAGAGCCAGCUUCCGUAGCUAGGGAUCGGAUCGCCAAGGUCCCGCCUUUGGCCACCGCCCAGCUCACCCGACCCCUAUGGCCCCUCCCACAGGUGGUGAGCCCAUGGGAAGGGGGACCCACGUUACCCUUCUGGGUGCAGGCCCGGCCACCAGGCGCUCGCCUUCGAGGCCCGCCUCCAGGCCUGGCUCCAGAGAGGGGCCCCGGUGACCCGCGUCCGGGCAAGGGAAAACGUCUUCCUGUAUUCAUAGAGGUUUUUGGAGCUGUGCUUUGUCUGGUCGCUCACCUUGGACCUGUUUGCCAUGGGUGACCCUGCCAGGGGCAUAAAGCCCCAGACAACUUAGCUCAUAGGAUCAUUGGGACACACAAACCCCUCACCACAAUAAGGCGACAGCUCGAGGGUUUUUUUAUUUUUUUAUUUUUCCUUUUUGUAUUUUUUUUUUUAAAUUUCUAAUUUGUUAAUUGUGUGCAUUGACUUGAGUGACGUCUAUAUUUAAGACAAAUCGUUAAAAACAAUGCUAUUCGAUUUCUUUGGCAACUGAAUGUAAAUCAAUGAUUGAGGGGGCUUCAUAUCAAAUCUUAACUAGGGCGCCACGUUGGGUAGCGCCUGCCCGUGCACUUUUCUGGGACCCUGUUGAGGGUGUAGAGAUGCUCCUCUGUUCCAUGGCCAGAAAACCAAACGACCAUUGCGUUGACUACAGUCAAUUUUUAUGACUUAGUUGUGACUUGACAAAAAGGAAAACAUUUGAGACUUCACUUGGACUUGGGGAGUUAAAGACUCAGGACUUGAGACAUGAGGUGGUGUACGUACAAACAGGUGAGCUCAAUAGGCCAAUAAUAUCAUUAUUUGACCUUAUUGACAUUUUUAUAAAGACUCAAUAGUGCGGGUAAGACUGCACUGUAAGGUGAUUUGACUUGGGACUCGACUUGCCCAAGACAAAGCAGCGACUUGCACAUGACUUGAUCCCAUCUCUGUAUUGUACAGCAGAAUCACGUGUACAUAGUACUCAAUGUUAAAGUACAUAUGACAUUGUAGGUGUUGUUGUUAAUAAACUCUUCUAAAGUCA